GUGGACGGAGAAAACUAAGACUGCGCCGAGCAUCCUGGGAAUUGUAGUGCCAGCUAGAGAGCACUACCUGCGCAGGCGCCAAACGUCAAGCCACUUCCGGACUCAAGCGUCGGGUUUCGGAAAACGGGAAAAUUCUGUGGAGGCCUCCCAGAGUAAUAAUGGCUACCUGCAGCCUGGCAAACGAGCGACUACGCGCUCUGGAAGACAUCGAACGGGAAAUCGGAGCCAUUCUUCAAAAUGCAGGUAACGUGAUCCUGGAACUGUCCAAGGAAAAAACCAAUGAGCGGCUCCUGGACCGGCAGGCGGCAGCCUUCACGGCUUCGGUCCAACACGUGGAGGCGGAGCUGUCCGCUCAGAUCCGUUACCUCACCCAGGUGGCCACAGGGCAGCCCCAUGAAGGCUCCAGCUACUCUUCAAGGAAGGACUGUCAGAUGGCCCUGAAGCGAGUGGACUACGCCCGCCUCAAGCUCACUGAUGUGGCCCGCACCUGUGAGCAGAUGCUGGAAAACUAGGCCAAGCAAGUGAAGCACCAGCUGCACCCAGGACAGAAGCUGGAGACCUGAAGGGAUAGGGAGCACAGGCUGAUGCAUACCUGCCCCGCUGGUCAGGGUAUACUAGAGCAAAGGGGCAAAAGGUGGCAAGCCUGCCCACCACUGCACUCUGGCCCUCCAGCAGGGAGCUCCUGCUCUGCACUUCACACAACCGCCACCAACAAGCUCAGGCGGGAGAUGGAGAUUCAGACACUCAACCCACUUCCUCAGACAUUUCAUGUCCCUGCCCCAGACUGCCUGCAGACUAGGCCCAGUGAAGUCACAUUCUUCUUCGUUGGGAAAAACAAAACAGAAA